AUGGCGAAUGACGGCCUAGGUCCAUCCAUAGACCAAGGCGGAUCGUCCUACAGCGGGAAUGUCACCGUGCAUGGAGGACCCUUCCACCAAGGCAAUAUCGUCAACAUCCAGCAGACGGCCGACCAAUGCCUCAUCGACCUCCGCGUCACUGACCCGCGCCGUGACAAGAAGCGCGUCCAGGACACCAAGGGCGGCCUGCUCGCGGACUCGUACGUCUGGGUGCUCGGCAAUCCUGACUUCCGCCAAUGGCGCGACCACGAGUACCAGCGGCUGCUCUGGGUCAAGGGCGACCCGGGAAAGGGCAAGACCAUGCUCCUCUACGGCAUCAUUGACGAACUGGAGAAAUUACCGGCCGAGGGAAGGCGUCUCUCUUACUUUUUCUGCCAAGCCGCCAUUGAGUGCAUCAACACCACGACGGCCGUCCUGUGCGGUCUCAUCUUUAUGCUUCUCGACCAAAACGUCUCCCUUGUAUUGUAUAUCAAGAAGAAGUACGAUGUCGCUGGCGAGAGGCUGUUCCAGGGCGAUAAUGCUUGGUAUGCGUUAUCCGAGAUCUUCACGAACAUGCUAUCUCGACUGGAGGGAUUCGAUCCUCGUUUUGAGGACAACUGCCUUCUCGCGACGGCCAAGCCUAUGGGAAGCUUGGAAGUUCCCAUUGUCGGAAGCAGCGACUUCCAAGCCGUCUCGAUAAUGUUGCAGAAAGAGCACUGCGCCCCUCGAUCCAGCCAAAGCAACUAUUCACGGUGCUCAAGGUGCUCGAUGUGUACAUGA